GGUAUCGAGGGUCCAAAGUGUGGUCCGUCCGGGUGAUGAUUAUUUUUUUGGCUCUGCCUCAUAUUAACACUUCCUGCUUCUGUUCGAGCCCACCAUUUGUCUUUCUCGAAUUCCUUGCAAAGCAUCUCUCUCAUCCAUCGAGCGAUGUUCUGAUAACCUCUUGUGCCUCAUUCAUCAAGAGCGAUAUAAAAACGAGGGAGCAAGAAAAAGAGUUUGAUGUUUGAUACUUGAAUUGAAUACCUACCAAUCUACCUCCCUCCUCCCAAGCUUACAUCUCGACUACGAUAUCAUACCCGAAGUACAUAUAUACCAACGGACCCAUCCAAUUUCUCCCUCAAAUCUUGAAAUUUUAUCCUUCGAGCCGGUAUCACACAUAUCCUUCCUAAUCAAAAGAUCGACAAUAUCAAAAAUGUUUACGACGAGUAUCUUAACGCUUUUGGCGAUAACGACGAGUGUUUUGGUCCAGGCACAUACGGUGAUUACAUACCCGGGAUGGAGAGGUGAUAAUUUGAUUACGAAUGAGACUUUUCCUUAUGGAAUGCAGUGGAUGUAUCCUUGCGGCGGCAUGCCUACUACCACCAACCGCACUCUCUGGCCCAUCCACGGCGGCGCCAUCUCCGUUCAACCCGGCUGGUUUCAAGGUCACGCCACCGCCUUCUUCUACUUUAAUCUCGGAUUCGGCACCGAUGGCCCCGACAAUGGUCCCCAGAACAUGUCUUUCCCCAUGACCUCCGUCAUGCAAAUCGUCGGCCCUAGCAAAAAUCCUUACCCGGGAACCUUCUGUUUGCCUCAGGUGCCAUUGCCCGCAAAUACGACGGUUAAUGUAGGAGAUAAUGCGACGAUUCAGGUCGUGGAGACGGCGAUUCAUGGGGCUGCUUUGUAUUCUUGCGUAGACAUAACCUUCGCACUCCCCGAAGACGUCGCCGAAGUAAACACCUCGAACUGCUUCAACUCCUCCGACAUCUCCUUUGCAAACGUCUACACCAUCAACGAUGCCUCAGCCCCCGGAACUUCCUCCUCCGCCUCCUCCUCCGCAUCUCCUUCGCGCUCGCUCUGGGCUGCUAGUCUCGCGAGCGUGCUGGGCAUCGCUAUGUGGAGUUUCUUGUAGGAGAUGCGAGAUGGAAAAUGAUCGGAGAGAAAUUUGUAAUUUCUGGGAGAUUACAAACGAAAGAUGGGGAGGGGAGGGGAAGAGAAAAGAUGAAAGAUAAUCAGAAGGAAAUUCAAGGAAGCAGAAACAGGCAGCAUUGUAGAUAUGAUAAAAUAUGAUAUGAUACCACGGGCAGAUGAUAGACGGACACAUCAAGUGAGUGUCCCUGCCUCUAUACCCAACAAAUCGAGAUCGAAAUCUCAAACCAUGGGAACUGGGAACCGGGAACCGGGAAUUGAAGCAGAGCAUUCAAGUACCCAACGAGGAGCUACUUUGCAUGUAUGUAUGAGCACUCAGGCGUUUUAUGGCGAGGAUUGUGAUUGGAAGGAAUGAUUUUUUUAUUAAUUUCAUUUUAAUUCUCGAGUUUCGAGUUUCGAGUUUCGAUAUUCAAUUUCUAUCUCAAUACAAUCCAAUUCAAUACAAUCAUAUCCUUUACUGCGCA